AUGUUGUCCCCUCGAUCUGCCCUCCUUGCUUUCCUCCUGCCUGUUACGGCGUUUCGCGACUUUCCCACCAUCUGCGCCUGGGAUCCCCCUAUCGAAAUCAUCGCCGGGGAUAAUCUCUCGGCAAGGGUUGCCAAUCCCCAGGCUCGAAGAUGCGAGGCGUCCCUUAGCUUCGAUGACCCUGCCUUCCUUCCCAUCAGAUACACCUUUGAUGUCCUGGACUGCGAUGGGCUGCAGCUCGCUGAGUUUACCGUGCCGCCGACGGCCCCGAAUGGGGAUGCGUUUGUACUUUGGUCAGCCUAG